AUGGAUACAAUAAUUUUGUCUUUAGAUCUGAAACCUUGCCAAACAAGUCGAUUGUUGCUAGUGAAUAACAAUAAUAAUAAUAAUAAUAAAGACAUUGAACAGCAACAUCAACAUUUGACUCGAUUUGAACUAGACGGUCUACAAACAUUAUGUUCUCUCUUGCGCAAAUUAAAAGAGAAGUCUGUUCCGGAAGAUCUUAUUCAACCGCAGCAACUAUUGGAAACCAUGGAGCGUCUUCUUAUUGAUCAUGCUUCUGAUGAUUCUCAAUUAUCAAUAACUGGUCAAUCGAUAAUUCAUUACAACUAUAAUCACCAAUAUUCAUUCGAUACAACUAACAAUCAAAACGAAACGGAGACUUUUCAAGGCAUCAAACGCAAAAAUUCUGACACGAACAAUAUGCAACAAUCAUCAUAUCACCACCUUCAUUCAUCUCACCAAUACGAUGCACUAUCAAUGCAACAACCAACGACCAAUGUUGUUACAUUACAUCCGUCAACAACUGUUCUAUUGAGUGGACCAUUAGCUAGUUCAAAUUCAUCAAAUUAUUAUUCUCCCCCUCCACCUCCACCACCACCACCUCAUCAACAACAACAACAACAACAACAUUAUAUUAACAAUUAUAAUCAAUACACUCCAACACGAUCACCGACACAACAACAUUAUCCAGCAGAUAAGAAUUCAACUGCAAAAGAUCGCCAUAAACGUGUCCGAUGUAAACAAUGUGAACCAUGUUGUCGCGAUGAUUGUUCUGAAUGUGUACAUUGCAAAGAUAUGCCAAAAUUUGGUGGUGUCGGAAAAAUGAAACAAUGCUGUUUGACUAAACAAUGUAUCGCGCCAAUCUUACCUUCAACAGCAACAUGUCAAGUUUGUUUGAAAAAGAAAGGUUCAAGAAAAUUAUCGCAAUUGAAACCCGAAGAAAUUCUUUAUGAAUGUGAACGUUGUAUGGAAAUUCAUCAUCUACCAUGUUUUCAUAGUGCUCAUUCGGAUGCAUCUGCAAGUGAAGGUGUCUUCAGUGAUGACAUACCUGAAACAUGGUUGUGUCCAAAGUGUAUUACAGCUAAUACACCUGAACCUCCUCUAUACAAAUUACGGCCAAUUGUUCGACGAACAUUGGUUACAACCAAUAAGGGAAAAAACGGACUCAUCGAAUUACCAUAUUCUGAUCCUUCGCAACAGCAACAUCAUAUUUUACAACAACAACAACAACAACAACUGCAGCAACAGCAACAACAGCAACACCAUUAUCAUAUGUAUGGAGCCAAUAUGAAUACGAAUUUAAAUUAUACAGAUCCGUAUGAAAUAAUGGAAAGCGAAGCAAAAAAACGUCGUCUUUACGCAAGUAUGUACACAGCAAAUGGGAAUAUUGAUACACCUGGCAUAACAACCCAUCCAUCGUCAACAAUGAAUAACAAUCUUGUUCCUCUUGAUGAUAUUUCACAAUCAUUGAAUGAUUCGGAUUUAUAUAUACCACAAAUGUUUGCUGUUUAA